AUGGCUGCCAAUCAAUCAACAGUUUCUAACCCGAAGUCAAACUUUUUUGACUAUAAUUUUCAAAAGUUGUCGCAUAUAGGGAGGGGUGGGUUCGGAGAGGUAUAUCACGUGAGGCAUAUGAUUGAAGGGGAAGAGUACGCGGUUAAAAUUGUUAAGUUCCUUGGGUUGGCCACCAGUCAUGACAUGUCAUCCAUGAGCCACACCUCUAAUGUCGGAACCGCACAAUAUAUGGCACCCGAAAUAUUUCAACCCCGAUAUACAAUCAAAGUAGACAUCUAUAGUCUAGCAGUCAUUGCGUUUCAUUUGUUUGAUUUAUUCAAUAUUAGUAGUGUUUUCAAUACAAAGUUCGAGACUUUGCCCCGAAAUGAGGGAACGGAAGGGAAAGCGAGUGUCGGAGAGGAGGGAAACACACCUCAGGAGAGACACAAACGGGAAGAGAGAAACCAAAGCCAUGUUUCAAUUGGUGUUACUUUAGGUCAUAAAUCAAGUGAUACUGAAAGCGAUAGAACGGAUCAAUUGUCGACAGGAGUAAUGAGUUGGGCCACCGGUGGACACAGACCUAGUUAUUUGAUGGCAAGACUUGAAAAAUUGGUCCAAAACGAGGAAAUGGUUGCUAAACGCAGAGCCGAUGAGGAGAGGGACAGACGUCUGGAGCGCGAAAAACACGAGAUGAAGGCCGAGAAAGUGAGACAACAAGUGGUGACUAAAGCGACGGCUAAUCCCGAGUCCGACGCAGAGAAACAAAAAUUGGAUUUUGAGAAAACCGCGAAACCGAGUAAUAAUAGCGGUUCGCCGACAGGACUGACGGCUACGGCUCUGUAUGACUACAGAGCGGCCGAUUUGGAUGAAAUUAGUUUCUAUACCAAUGAGUUGGUCACUGAUAUAGAGAUGAUCGACGAGGGCUGGGGUCGGGGCCGGUGUGGGGACAAAGUGGGUCUCUUUCCCGCAAAUUAUGUGAGACUCAAUCAAAUGCGUAAAUCAGAAAUCAAUGGCAAAGCGAAUGAUUUAGAGAUCGCAUCGAUUGUUGUGGUUAUUAUCACUCACUUGUGGUCACCGGUGAUGACUGUGUCUACGGAUGGGGUUAUAAUAUAUUUGGACAGUUGGGUUGUGGGGAACAGCACUCGACUGAAAUAA